CAUUAAAUCAGCAUCCGCAGCCAUCCAAAGUCGCAAUCAGCCAGUGGAGCGGGGCAUCUCUUAUCAGCCAGGCGCAUAAAACUGGGUCCGGUUAAAGCUCUUCCGACGGGACGACGAAUGUUUCGAGACGAACCCAUUGCCGAUUUGGAGCCGAAGCGGUUCGUGCGGUUGGAUGGCGGGUGGAGAGUCCUGUGGCACAUCUAAGGCACGGGCACAACUGGGAUAGCUCGUCCUAGUCAGUCAUUUGACAUUGCUCCUGCGAGAAGGUUGUCCGCGCUCCGUGCCCAAAUCCCUCGUCGCCCUCAUCGCGUCCGCAACAUUGCCAUAGUGUGUUUGUGUGUGAUUUUUGUGCUACCCCCUCCCACUUCUGGGAUACAUAUAAAAGUGCCAGCCCCCAACCAUCCCAGAAAGCCCCUCUCAAAGAGCUGUGAAAAAUUUAACAAGUGUUACCUAAGCCCAAAAAAAAAACCCCAAAAACCAACCGAAAUAAAAUAAGGGAGCAGUAGCUGAAGGUUGCGGCAGGAUGGCCCAGUUUGUGACCCACAUCCAGCCCACGCUGAUGGAGGCGUCCCAAGGUCAUGUGCCCCACCACCACGGACAUCAGGUGGGUGUGCAGCACUCGUCGCAUCUGCCCCACAGCGGUCACAACAUGCCGUCGCCGCCCACCCACAAUCACCACCACGGACAUGGACACCACUCCACUUCCGGUGGUGGUGGUGGUCAUCAUGGAGGAUCGGGCGGUGGCCACUCGCAUCCGUCGCAAAAGCAGGCACACCACAGCACCACCGGCCACGCCUCCAAGGAAAAACACCCCAGUCCGCCCUCGAGGAUUCACUCACCGCCCACGGAACACCAUCCAGAUCAUGUGGGGCACUACGAGUACUUUCAGCACCAGCACGAGCAGAUCUUCCACCACGAAGGAGCCAACGGCGGGGCCAACCACAAGCAGCCACCGCACCACCAUCCCAACAAGCACGAGCACUGCCCCACAGGACACCAGAGUGCGGGCGAUGGAAACACUUCCUUCCUGCGAGCCGCUCGCGCUGGAAACCUGGAGCGCGUGCUCGAGCAUUUGAAGAACAACAUUGACAUUAACACUAGCAAUGCGAACGGGUUAAAUGCCCUCCAUCUGGCCUCCAAGGAUGGCCACAUCCACGUCGUUUCGGAGCUUCUGCGUCGUGGGGCGAUUGUGGACAGUGCCACCAAAAAGGGCAACACCGCCCUCCACAUCGCCUCGCUGGCUGGACAGGAGGAGGUGGUGAAGCUGCUGCUGGAGCACAAUGCCUCCGUGAAUGUGCAGUCCCAGAAUGGCUUCACACCACUCUACAUGGCCGCCCAGGAGAACCACGAUGCGGUGGUCCGUCUCCUCCUGUCCAAUGGCGCCAACCAGAGUUUGGCCACCGAGGAUGGCUUCACUCCUUUGGCAGUGGCCAUGCAACAGGGGCACGACAAGGUGGUCGCUGUGCUUCUGGAGAGCGACACUCGGGGAAAGGUCAGGCUGCCAGCUCUGCACAUCGCCGCCAAAAAGGACGAUGUCAAGGCGGCAACCCUUCUUCUGGAUAAUGACCACAAUCCGGAUGUGACUUCCAAGUCGGGCUUCACCCCGCUGCACAUCGCCUCGCAUUAUGGCAACCAGAACAUCGCCAACUUGCUCAUCCAGAAGGGCGCCGACGUGAACUACUCGGCCAAGCACAACAUCAGUCCACUCCACGUGGCCGCCAAGUGGGGCAAGACCAACAUGGUGUCCCUGCUGCUGGAGAAGGGCGGUAACAUCGAGGCAAAGACCCGGGAUGGUCUCACUCCGCUCCACUGUGCCGCUCGAUCGGGUCACGAGCAGGUGGUGGACAUGCUCCUCGAGCGGGGAGCUCCCAUCUCGGCCAAGACCAAGAACGGCUUGGCCCCCCUUCAUAUGGCCGCCCAGGGUGAGCAUGUGGACGCCGCCCGCAUCCUCUUGUACCAUCGUGCUCCCGUCGACGAGGUCACCGUGGACUACCUGACCGCCCUCCAUGUGGCUGCCCACUGUGGUCACGUGCGGGUGGCCAAGCUGCUCCUGGAUCGGAACGCAGAUGCGAAUGCCAGGGCCCUGAACGGAUUCACUCCACUGCACAUUGCCUGCAAGAAGAACCGAUUGAAGGUGGUGGAACUGCUCCUGCGUCAUGGCGCCAGUAUCAGUGCCACCACCGAAAGUGGACUGACUCCACUCCAUGUGGCCGCCUUCAUGGGCUGCAUGAACAUCGUUAUAUAUCUGCUGCAGCACGAUGCCAGUCCCGAUGUGCCCACUGUGCGUGGAGAGACGCCACUCCAUCUGGCCGCCAGAGCCAACCAGACCGACAUCAUUCGCAUCCUGCUGCGCAAUGGCGCCCAGGUGGACGCCCGUGCCCGGGAGCAGCAGACUCCGCUGCACAUCGCCUCGCGACUGGGCAACGUGGACAUCGUGAUGCUGCUGCUGCAACAUGGCGCCCAGGUGGAUGCCACCACCAAGGACAUGUACACGGCUCUCCACAUUGCCGCCAAGGAGGGCCAGGACGAGGUGGCUGCUGUUCUAAUUGAAAAUGGUGCCGCCUUGGAUGCCGCCACCAAGAAGGGAUUCACACCGCUUCACUUGACGGCCAAGUACGGACACAUCAAGGUGGCCCAGUUGCUGCUCCAGAAGGAGGCUGAUGUGGAUGCCCAGGGCAAGAAUGGUGUCACUCCAUUGCAUGUGGCCUGUCACUAUAACAACCAGCAGGUGGCUUUGUUGCUCCUGGAAAAGGGAGCCAGUCCACAUGCCACGGCCAAAAACGGACACACCCCUCUUCAUAUUGCAGCCAGGAAGAAUCAGAUGGAUAUAGCCACUACCCUAUUGGAAUAUGGAGCAUUGGCCAAUGCCGAGAGCAAGGCCGGCUUCACCCCACUCCACUUGAGCAGUCAGGAGGGUCAUGCCGAGAUCUCCAAUCUGCUGAUCGAACACAAGGCCGCCGUCAAUCAUCCGGCCAAGAAUGGUUUGACACCCAUGCACUUGUGCGCCCAGGAGGAUAACGUGAAUGUGGCCGAGAUCCUGGAGAAGAAUGGCGCCAACAUCGACAUGGCCACCAAGGCGGGAUACACUCCACUGCAUGUGGCCUCGCACUUCGGCCAGGCGAACAUGGUGCGUUUCUUGCUGCAGAAUGGAGCCAAUGUGGAUGCGGCCACCUCGAUUGGAUACACACCGCUUCACCAGACCGCCCAGCAGGGCCAUUGCCACAUUGUGAACCUCCUGCUGGAGCACAAGGCCAAUGCCAAUGCCCAAACCGUCAAUGGACAAACCCCCUUGCACAUCGCCCGCAAAUUGGGCUACAUAAGUGUCCUGGAUUCGCUGAAGACCAUCACCAAGGAGGACGAGGCCGCAGCUGCGCCUGCCCAAACCGAGGAGAAGUACCGUGUGGUGGCCCCUGAGGCCAUGCACGAGUCCUUCAUGUCUGAUUCCGAGGAAGAGGGCGGCGAAGACAAUAUGCUAUCAGAUCAACCAUACCGCUAUUUGACCGUUGAUGAAAUGAAAUCCCUAGGCGACGACUCGCUCCCGAUCGAUGUGACCCGUGAUGAGCGCAUGGACUCCAACCGGAUGACCCAGAGCACCGAGUACGCCUCUGGAGUGCCACCAACUAUCGGCGAGGAGGUAAUCAGUCCCCACAAAGCUCAGGUUUAUGGCAGUUCGCCUAAGGCCACUGUGGAUGGAGUGUACAUUGCCAAUGGAUCUGGCCAAGACGAGCCGCCGCAUGUGGGCCGCAAGCUGAGCUGGAAGAGCUUCCUGGUCUCCUUCCUGGUGGACGCUCGUGGAGGAGCGAUGCGAGGUUGUCGGCACAGUGGCGUCCGCAUGAUCAUCCCCUCGCGAUCCACUUGUCAGCCGACGCGGGUAACCUGUCGUUAUGUGAAGCCGCAGCGCACCAUGCAUCCCCCUCAGCUGAUGGAGGGUGAAGCCUUGGCCAGUCGUGUCUUGGAACUGGGUCCAUGCUCCACCAAGUUCAUUGGGCCAGUGGUCAUGGAAGUGCCGCAUUUCGCCUCGCUGCGCGGCAAAGAGCGCGAGAUCAUUAUCCUGCGCUCGGACAAUGGAGAAACUUGGCGGGAGCACACCAUCGAUAAUUCCGAGGAGAUUAUCCACGAUGUUUUGCAACAGUGCUUUGAGCCAGAGGAGAUAGCCCAACUGGAGGAGCAGGCUGGCAAUCAUGUCUGCCGCUUCGUCACCUACGACUUCCCUCAGUACUUCGCUGUCGUAUCGCGCAUACGCCAGGAGGUCCAUGCAAUUGGACCGGAGGGCGGCAUGGUUUCCAGCACCGUGGUGCCACAGGUGCAGGCCGUCUUCCCACAGGGAGCCCUCACCAAGAAGAUCAAAGUCGGCUUACAGGCCCAGCCGGUCGAUCCCGAUCUCACCGCCAAGCUUUUGGGCCGCGGCGUGGCCGUAUCGCCGAUUGUUACGGUCGAGCCGCGUCGCCGUAAAUUCCACAAGGCCAUCACCCUCAGCAUGCCGGCCCCGAAGGCUCACAGCCAGGGGAUGAUCAAUCAGUACUCGGGCAACACGCCCACCCUGCGACUCCUCUGCUCGAUCACAGGAGGACCAUCCCGUGCUCAAUGGGAGGAUGUUACCGGUUCUACGCCCCUUACUUUUGUCAACGAUUGCGUCUCCUUCACGACCACCGUUUCGGCACGUUUCUGGUUAAUGGAUUGUCGCAAUAUAUCGGAUGCCACCAAAAUGGCCACCGAGUUAUACAAGGAAGUUAUCCAUGUCCCCUUCAUCGCCAAGUUUGUGGUGUUCGCUAAGAAGAUCGAACCUUUCGAGGCCCGUCUGAGGGUCUUCUGCAUGACCGACGAUCGUGAGGAUAAAACUCUGGAGAAGCAUGAGCUCUACACGGAAGUGGCGAAGAGCCGUGAUGUUGAGGUACUCGAGGGCAAGCCCCAGUACAUCGAAAUGGCCGGCAACCUGGUUCCUGUGACCAAAUCCGGUGACCAGCUGCAGCUGCAGUUCAAGGCCUUCCGCGAGAAUCGUCUGCCAUUUACUGUGCGGGUCAAGGAUCAGCAUGCUGAUAUUGUGGGCCGCACCUUGUUCAUGAAAGAACCAAAGGUGGCCAAGGGUGAGCCUCCACAGCAGCCCAUCUGCAUCCUGAACAUUGUUCUUCCGGAGGCUGUCAUUCCGGACUCCACUACCGCCUUCUCAGACCGUGUCACCACCGCUUACAGGACCUCGAUGUUCAGCUUGAGCAAACACCAAAAUGAUCAUUACAUCGGCGACAUCCGCAUCGUUGAUCUGUCCAAUUUGUUGGGUAAAGAUUGGAUUCAGCUGGCCCCAGAGAUUGGCAUCAAUUCCGAGGAAAUCGACGAGAUUGUUAACCAAAAUACAGAUAGCAUUGCCAGACAGGCACAGAGCAUGAUUCGCUUGUAUAAGGAUAAGCCCAACUACGAUAUCCAAUCGCUAGAGACAGCUCUUAAAAACAUUGGACGGGACGACAUCAUGAAGAAGUGCAAGAGUGGACGACUUUCACAUUCGCGAGAGUUCGAUGAGACGGACAUUAUGAAAAACUCGGAGUCCGUGGAGGAAUUGGUUCGAAGAGAAAGCAAGCGAAUACAGCAAAUCAACGAACGUGAAGAAGUAAAAUACUCGGCCGAGGAGAAGGAAGUUGAAGAGUCAGAGUCCGAUGAGGAAGCUGCCAAGCGAACGGUGGCUGAACGCCGUGAGAAAAUUGUCAAGCGGUUGUCCAUGGAGCGGCCAAUUUCCGCCUCGACGCAAAAGAGAGAGAUCACCCGCGAAAUAACAGAAAUCAAACGGAAGAGUCUUAUCGAAGAUAAGAAGGCUCACCACGAGUCCGAGAUACUGAUGCAACUGCCAGCCGAUAAUGUAAUCAUCAAAACAACCACAGUACCAGACCAAGUCAUCAAGAUGAAAAUGGGCAAGAUGGACUCCACCGAAGUGAGCAAGACCGACUUCGACAAGGAGCUAACGCAUAAAUUCAAGACCUCCGGGCGCAGCUCAGAGGAAGAAGACCAGCCAUCAUCUCCAGACCAGACAGACAAGAUUGUACAGGACAUCAGUGCAGCUGAGAAGAAGGAGAAAGAUGGCGUGUCAUUCAGUCGGGUGACAACGAUCACCCGCCAAGAGGCUCGUGACAUCACCGAGGACUUUCUGGAGACCGAGAAACGUAGCCAAUUACCAGCUCAUUCUACCACCGCAACAGUUCAUGAGAAGUUUGUUGAGGAGGUUAAGGAAAAGACCAGCCCUCUGGCUUCAGUGCCGCAGGAAACCGUUAAAGAGGUCCAGCAAGUCAUCAGUGAGGUGACCGAAAUUGCCAGCAAAAAGGUUGAAAAUAUAAUUAGCUCUUUUGAGACCAGCAAGCCCGUCGAAGCUGCUGUAAUCCUGCCAACACAGGUGUCUACCGAAUCAACAAAGGUCAGCGAGACUAUUAAACACCUAGAGGAUGCCAAAUCAGUAACUCUGGAACAAGUGAAGAAUGUUCCAGUCGUAGAGAGCUCUAGCAUCGAAGAGACAAUCGCUGAAUUCGAAGCCAAGAAGGUUAAGUAUGACUUCCAUGGUGGCGAGCCCAAGACUCAAAUCCCUAAGUUCACCCGGAAGCCAAGUGAUGAUUCAAUGAAACCCACAGCAGCUCCACGAGCUACAGUUGAGUCCGAGAUUGAUUCAGUCGUUGAUAUUAAGUCCGAAAAGCCGAUAUCGAAGAUUCCAGUAAAGACAGUACCAGCCGAAGCUCAAAAGAUCGGUGAGGUGGAUGCACGAAAAAUUACUCAAGACUUUUUGCAGGGGGAGAAGCUAGCCGCCGAGCCCAAAGUAACACCAGCGGCCAGCAAGAUUCCAAAAGUGGAACCGAGAAAGUCUGUGGAUAAGCAGGUUGAUAGGGAGGCAAAGAUCCUGGAUGAUGUUGUGGCCUCGACGGCUACGAUUAUGACUGCAGGUCUGGGUAGUGAUCAGCUUAAGGAUAAGCCCGUGGAACAGAAAGAAAUUUCUGCCAAGGCUGAAACUGUAAACGAGAAGGUCUCCGAGCUUAUCGAAACAUUCCACAAGAUCGAAGAGAAGGUGGCCAAAUCGGAGAAGACUUCAGAGAUUUCCAGCAAAGUGGAAGAGCUAGUCAAGAUUGAGGAUAAGGAGGGUCAACCCAAAAAGGACAAGGUGGCGGAAAAGGUGGCCGAGGUCGUUGAAACAUUCCACAAGAUCGAGGAGCAGAUUACCACCUCCGAAACCCUCAAGCUAACCCACGAUUUUCUUAGCAUGGAGCAGCAGAGCCAGUUGCCCGGCUUGCCGCAAACUUCCGAAAAGCCCCUGGAAUCCAGUUUGACAUCCACAAGCGCAUCGGAACCGGAGUCAAUAGUGACAGUAAAACCCUCACCGCCAGCGAGUAAAAUUCCUGUGGUAGAGCCCAGAAAAAGCCUAAUUGAGGAAGCUCCAAAGCCUCUGAUCGAGACCGAGGUUGUUAAUACCACUGAGAAGAAACCCUUGAAUGAAAGACAACUUACUGCUGAUUUCUUGAGCAUGGAGCAACAAACCCAGCUGGUUUCCGAGCCUGCCAAGACUCUGGUCGAGGAGGUGGUGAAGACCGCUGAGCAUCUGGUGGAGCUACCCAAGCAGCAAAAACCCCUGAAUGAGCGUCAGCUUACAGAGGAUUUCCUGAUCAUGGAACAGCAGACACAACUGACCCCAAAAAUCAUCAGUAUUGAUUCCAAACCAGAAGAAAAGCUGAUCGAUGGCAUUGAGGCAGCCGCCCCAGUGGGAGAUGGUGCAUCGCCUUUCCAUACAACUAAGGUGGUCUCCAGUGUAGUUACCCAGGAGCCACAGCUGCUGGCAAGUGAAUAUGAUAGUGACACCUUUGCCAAGCAAGCCACUGUUCCACUAGGUGACAUUAUCAAAGAGGAGCGACUCACUGCUCCGAUUUCUGCCGAACCACGAAAGUCACUGACCGAUGCCGAGUUCUGCAAAGAGGUUGGCGAAACAAUCACCAAGAAGAUGAGCGUGGGCGUAAUUGAAAUAUCUGAUGAGCUCAAGAAAAUAGAGAGCGACAUUCCACACUCCCAAACUCCUCCACCAACACCGAGUGACGCCAAAACCGACAAGCAGAAUGAGGAACCGGAACUAAUUAGCUUAGAACGUGAUUAUCUGGGCGACACUGUGACCACUCUGCAUACGACCACAGAGUCGACCUUCGAACGCGUUUCUGCCAUUACCAAAAUUGAAACCCUCCAGGAAAAAAAAGUAGACCUACCCAGUCUAAGCACGGUGAAGAUCUCACAAGAAAUUGGUGAUGUUAAAGUUGGUGGUGGUGAUAAUGAUGGUGAUGGCGAAGAUCUUGUUGCACGCAUUCGCGAGGAAGCCAAUAUUCUGGUGGAUCGCGUGCUCGAAGAAAGUGUCGAGAUCAUUGAAAGUCAAGGCCAUCAGGCCAAUGCCCAUGAGAUUGCCAAGCUGGAUUACAACUCAGAAAGUGAGAAUUAUGCCAUUACAUGCGACGAUAUCGGCGGCGUCGAUGUUAUCAAAUCGCCCACCAUUGAAUCUAUGUCGGGCAAGUCGUUUGACGACAACAUGAGCUUCACCGACGAGCACAUACAUUUACCUUUGCAUGCCCAGAACACGACCACCACCAUGACAACGACAGUUACCACUCAGUUCCAACAGCAGCAGUCCCAGGUGCAGCUGCCCCAAGCCAAUUCCCAGGCUGCUGCCACAAGUACAUCGGCGGCAAAAGAACCUGUUCCUGUACUCGAAUCCGUAGCCGAACCCCCAAUAGUAGAGAGUAGUCGAGAUCGAGCCGAGGACCAGAGUGAGACACGAGCAAGGCGCAUCGAUCGGAAGAUCGAGAAACUAUCCACGGACAUGGACGAUGUGAGCGCCAAGUUCGAUGAGGUCUUUGAGAUGGCAGUGCCCGAGGACGAGAUCAGUGCCUUACAGGGCGACUUUUCCAAACUAAGCUGGGAUGACAGCGUGUCACCCACGACCAACACUAUGGCCGAUAUGGCUCAAAACCAAAUAACGCCCGAUAACGAUAUUCAAGAUUUCAUCGCAGAAACAGGCGGCGAUUUACCAAUCUCAAGUGAUAACGAUACCACUCCCGUACCACCGUCGGCAGUUGUGGCCAGCACAACUGCAAUAGAAUCAGAAACCAAAACCGAAACUGAGCCGACGGUAGAAACCAAUGCAUUCACUACCACCAGCCACGAUACACCCACACCAAAACCACGAGUACUCAAAGCAAGCUCCCCAGUCUCCGAAGGCACUGAAAGCACUACCAUUCCUGGCCCAAUGCCGAAACCAGAAAUACCUAUUGAUAUUAGUUUUGAUGCCGCAGCCCCGGUUCCAAAACCGCGUGCUCCCAUAAAGCACACAGAACCUUUCGAAAACCUGGCUGCCCUAGCUGAGCAGUCCGAUAGUAUUAGUCUGAGGAGCUUCGAAUUCACGGAGGACAUUUCAAAGACGGACGAGCCCUCCACAGAGCUCUCGAUCCGUUCACAACUUCGUGACAUUGUUACAACAACUACCACAGCUUCAGAGGACAUAACCGAGAGCCUGGAUCCAACGAGUGAGAUUUCUGUGGAUGAUGCCGACACGGAGAAAUCAGAGGGCGCGGAAAAAACCACUAGUUUUUACAUCGGUGAGUCCAGCCGCAAUGUUAUUAUCAAGACCUCAACAAGAUCGGCAAGCGUUACACCACAGGAGGAAGAAGCCCAGGGCGAAAUAGGCAUUGAUGCCAAGGAUAUUUCCUUAAUGAAAGAGGUAUCCGUCGACUCAGAAGAAGCCAACGAUGUCUUCAAGGAGUAUGUCACAAUGAAGCCCGACGACGCUGCCGCCUUGGACAGCAAGAUAACCAGACAAGGAUCAGAAACUAGAAAUGACAUACUUGAACUUGAAAAUGCCGACAAAGACAAAUCAGGCGAACCGAAGCUAUCCAAGGUUACCACUGAGGAGAGCUUGACCACAUCGACUGGAUCCAGUGGUCGUGCCCUGAUUGAAAUUGCACCAUCAAGCAGUGAAGAUCCCGAUGAAUCCAGCAAGGAAAUUCCGGAAAUUGUAAACACCAUCUCUGAAAAGACAGCUUCCACAGAUCGUUUUGAGUUGCCCUUGGAAAGUGAAUGGGAAACAUCGGAGAAGGAAAUCCCAACGACAGGAAAACCAAAAGUAGUUCACUCGCCACAGCAGGCACAAGAAUCCGACAUAAAAAGCACCAUGGAUAAAUCUUUUAUAGGCGAAACUCUGCCCGAGGAACAGGACUCCGGAAGCGCGAUCUCAAAGAACAAGGAAGAAUUCAUCGAGGAGUCCUCAUCAGACUUAAAAUUUAAUACCAUGCCUCAAGGAUUUGCUACCACUACUGAGAGCGAAGAUAUAUCAUCUUUUAUAGGCAUACCCGAUGCUAGCAUGCAAACUUCAACAUUGGAGAGCACACAGCCCCCAGAAGGUCUGUUCGAUACCACAAUCAGGGAGACCCUUAACAAGCAAGCAGCUAUGGCUCAUUAUGCCCAGGAUGUAUUCGGCAGAGGGGAAAGGCGAGAUGAUCAUGGUUCACUUGGUUUCAUUUCCACUGGAACAGCCGAAGAGUUAAGUUCCAUGGAAGACCAUAUGGCCAAGGAGGAGCAAGCAUCUCUGGGCUUUAUUUCCACUGAGACUGCCGAGGACUUCAGCUCUAUGGAAGAUUACUAUUCCGAAAAACUGGCGGUCGCCAGCGUGGUGGCAGAUGAAGGUGCUACCGACAAAUCAAUUACAACUAGCACCUUUGAGGAGCUUUCGUCAGAUCAAUCAAUGAAACCAAUCGAUGUUGUGGUACACAGGCUAAAGACCGAGACAUCGCCAGAUUCCAUAAACCGUUGGUCGAUUCCCGAUGUGGACACCUCAAGUUCUAGUGAGAGCUUUCAUAAAAGCUUCGACAGGACUCAGAGUCGACCCCUGUCCUCUGAUCUGGAUAAUCUUGUGACUGCCACAGGAACAGGAACCUCCAGUGAGUACCAAACCGCCAGGGAAUUCACCACCACUGGUCGCACUGAGGGAACCGAAUACAUAAGUGCCGUGAGUACGCUUGGCAGCAGUAGUUUAGACUCUCAGUCGGAGACAUCGGCCAAUUUGGCCAGCAUUGAUGUAUCCGAAUUAUCCGAGACAUUGGUAGCCUCUUCAGCUGAAGCGGAUGCCUUCGAAGCCGAUGAAAUUUCGCGGCUGCGUGAUCUCCAACCUGAUGAUGAGGACAGUGAUGAGAGCGUAGAACUGCCAGGAACUGCUUAUCCAACAAGCGAACAGCAAAGCCUCAUGAAGCGCUCUCAGGAAAUGAUUUUCAAGCCCAAGGCUGAGGAGGAAGAAAAACUUCCCGUCGAGUCUGUGCAAGUCGAGGAAUACCCUAAGCCCAAGGAGGCCGAGCGCACGUGGGGAUUGGCCUAUCCUCUAGACGAUAGCAAAGCGGACAGCCCGAGGGAGAGUGAAAAGAGUGAGGAUAUUCUUUUGUAUCACGGCGACCAACGUCGAUCAAUUGAUGAGUCCAAGUUGGCAUCCAGCUUGGACGAAGGCAGCAUACUCUCGGUGAGCAUGUCGAGCACAUCCAACAUUGAUACUGUUGUGGAGAACUUUGAUGACAUUAUUGGAUCAGCAGGAUCUUCUUCGCUAACUGGAAUAGAAGGUUUUCAGUACGGUCACGAUGAUACGCUUCCAUCUGCCUCAGUGCCAGAGGACGCUACCUUCGUGCUGGAAAUGGAAAGUAAGGAACACUCUCCACAGGAUUCCAAUGCCAGUACCCCACCAGGAGGAGAAUCAAAGCGUAGAGGUCACAAACGAAACGAGAGCAUUUCGGGGGAUGCGUUGAAAAACUUGGACAAGGAGGUGGCGCUCUUGGGCGAAGGAAAAGAAUCCGAGAGCGAAUCGGAUACGGAUCCCUACGAGUCGGAGUAUGCCCGCCAAUUCCGUUCCCCCAAAGAACGAAAGAGCAAAAAGAAGAAGCAGGCGGCAGCCGAAAUGGAUCACAGUGGAGAGCUAGAGAAACGUCCCUUUACCCCUUCCCAGUUAGUAGCUGAGGUGAUUGUAGAGGACAGUGCCACAGAGGAGCUAGAGGCAGAGGCAGCCAUGAUCGAAGAGCGUCGGCCUUCACAAAACAUGCAGGAUUACUCAAACAUACCCGACAUAAUGGUUACAGAAGACAUCAAGUCGCCAAUUCUGGAAGAGGAGACCGACGAGUUUCCCGAGAAAAUUCUAUACAAGGUGCGCACCGAGGAGGAAUUACACAAGGCGAGCGAUACCUCCGUUUACCAGAAGGCCAAGGACGAGGAGAAGGAGCAGGACUUUCAGCGACGUGUGCAAGAGCAAUACCGCCAGAAGCUCGAGGAACUGAAGCGGGCUGAAGUUGGAGCCGAAUACGAUGAUCGCAAAGCACCCGACUCGCCAGACUCCUUUGAAAUGGUCGAGCAACCCGAUAUCUCAGAUGAGUUUGUCAUCAUCGAAGAGGUGGCCAAAGAGGCCAACGAAGUGGACCUCGGCGGUCAGAGCAUCAAGAUAAAACCAACCAAGUACGAGCAGAAGCAUGACGAGGACGUUGAGAAGAUCAUCAUUAAGUCGGCGCCAGCGGAUCCCAAGCUCGGCUCACAGCUCUACAAGGACGAUCUGAACUUCGAGUUUGAGGAGAGCCCACCAACGGGCGCCAGUAGCAGUAGUGAGCAGCAGGAGGAGAGCGAUUCCAGCGAAACUGCGGCGGCCAACAAGCGGUGGGUGGAGAUGCAGCUGACCGACAACCAGUUGAGAUAUCCUUACGAUCUAACCGGAGCCGUGUUGGAGGACAUUAAAGAAGAAGACGGAGAGUUCGAGGUGGGCAGUAGUCGGAUCAGCAGCUUUAAGGACUCCUUUUCGAGCACGCCAGAGUACGAUGUGGCGGCACGUCGGUAUCAUUCUCGUGGCGAACACGAUGAUGUCUCAAUGAGUAGUCUGCAGGAGUUUGAAUCUUUGGAACAGGCCAUCUCCCUGGAAAACAGAAAUCGCACACACCAAGGCUCGACGGAUUCGAGCAACGGAAGCUUCACCCGACGUUAUGUUGUUCGUCACAGCGGGAGUGGAACUGCUCCUGGUGACGAUGUAUCCGUCUCCAGUUUAAAGGACUUUGAGGGUCUCGAGAACGCUUGCAUUGAGGCCCACUUGAUCGAGAUCAAGGCCAGGGAAGAAGCGGCUCUAUUAUCGCGCUCGGACGAAUCAAACAAAUCAAAUGGCAGCGACAAAGGAGCCACUGGCAAUGUUGUGGUGACCAAAGUCACGCGCACAGUAACCCGCACCGAAGUGGUGCCCUCAAACCAAGCGGAGAGCAUUGAAGCCCUGCUCAAACACAAGUUGGAGCGGGAAGAAGGAUCCGCAGUAGUCAAACUCACUGACGUGCCCACUACUGAAUUGGAACCCAAGUCAAAGAUCGACAGUCAAGACUCUGAGAAGGACAGCAUCGAUAGCAUGGAAAUCAGCAAGAGCCACGACAUGAUGACCAGCAGCAUAGAGAGCUUUGACAUUUCAAAAGACGCCACCACUCGAUCGGAUAUCGACUCCUUGGAGAUCGACAAACGGCAUUCGCGACAGGAGAGCAUAGAGUCUUUUGGCGACGAGCAACUGGACCUGAUGACAAAGUUCGUCAGCGGCGGAGGAGUGACACUGGGCGAUGGUCUGACAACCACGACGACAACGACAACCACCAGCACGGAUGCCGAUGGACACGAGCAUACGGUGACCAGAGUGAUAACAACCACAACGAGUGUGGGCGGUGGCAUACAGGAGCUGCCGAUGGAUGAGUCCGGAAUGUCGAAGGACGUCUCAGUUGACUCCCUGAAUCUCUGCAUUGAGCAGACGACCAGUUCGGCUGGAACUACGGCCACGUACCAAACUAGCGCUGGCAACUCCCAAAUGUCCGGGAGCGUUACGAGCUGUGCAUCGAGCACUUUAAUGGAGGAUUCGUUCCCUGGUGUGGGUGGCAUGACUUCGUCGCAAAUGUCGGCCAGUUUUUGGUCCCACGACGAGUCCACGGUGGUCGAGGAUGAAGGACACGAUCCCAAGAAGAAGCAGCAGCAAGGCCAGUAAACACUAAAUGGGAUUGAGAAUGAAGAAUGAAGUGGGAGAAGAAGUCACUCGUAAUCCUAUAUGAAAAUGGGGCUUGAACGGUGACAUAGAAUUUUCGGCUAGACAAGGCGCUCUUCUAGGCGUAUCACUAAUAAAGGAAACUCUGGAUGGGACGCGCAUCUUGACCGGCUCUGAACAUCACCGAUUUCAAAUCGAAUACCAAAAGGGGAUUUAUUAAUUAGCAAAUUUGAGAUUCUCCAUCUACACACAUUUUUAAUGAUAUUGAAGUGCAUAAACGAGUUUUUAAAGGCAAAAUAUAUAUUUUAUAUAUUUAUAAAAACUAUAAAAUCGCAAACAUGCAUACGAAAUAUGAAUAUGGCAAGCAUAAGCCGUUCAACGCAUUUUCUUAUUGGCUUUAAUGUUUAAAAAUUAUAAAAACUAAAACCGAAACCCAAACCUUUUGUGCUAGAGCGUUGUAAUGGAAUACACCUUUGCUUUUAAUUUGAUGUAGUUAUUAUAUAUGUACAUGUACGAAGGAUACUUAUUAUUAAAAGAAUCGCUUAUUAUUGUAGUUUAAUUUAAGCAAUUAUACAAACGCAUGUGGAAAAGGGGACGUAAUGAAAUAGUGGAAGCCUGGAAAGUGAAAUGCUUUUAAAGUCUCAUUUUUUUACAAGAACCAAGCAAAUUUUUUCGCUUGCAUAUUUUAACAAUAAAAUAUACAUAAAUAUACAAUCUGAAAAACAAUGCAUAGAUCAAAUUUAAAGAUAUACAGACAAGAUAUAAAAUAAUUCACAAAGAACUACCGCAACCAUCGUCAAAAAACCUACUUAUUGAAAGGAUUUAAACGUUUUAGCAUCACCACUGUAAUGGAAUAUAAACAAAAUAAUAUUUGUGUUAAAAACAUACAAGAAAUAUUAAAAAAAAAAUAACAUUAUUGUAUUGUAAACCCACACGCGUAUGAAUAACCAAAUAAAAUGCUUAAUAAAAAUUGUUA